AUGAAUCAUGACGCGAAGAAAAUAGCGGCGAGCUUCUAUGGGCGCGUCAAUGCGCCCCUCGCGGAGAGAUUUCGUUUGAACUUCUGUACCGAUUUGGAGAAGUCCGUUUUGAUGAGCAACUUCGAGAGGCGCGGGUGGCACCACGUGGGGCCCGACGAUGAGUGGAACUUUUACUGGGCGUCGACACAGACCUGCCGGAAUCUAUUCAGCGUCGAAAGCGGCUACCGAAUGAAUGACAACCAAAUAAUCAACCAUUUUCCAAACCACUACGAAUUGUCGCGGAAGGACUUGCUCGUCAAGAAUAUCAAGAGGUACCGAAAAGAACUGGAAAGAGAAGGUAGCCCGUUGGCCGAGAAAGCCGAGGUUGUUCUACCAGGCGGUCAAGUAGUGACGCGACACGUUCAUUUGGAUUUUGUGCCAGUGACAUUCGUUUUACCAGCCGAUUAUAAUAUGUUCGUUGAGGAGUACCGCAAAUCCCCUCAAAGCACAUGGAUAAUGAAGCCGUGCGGCAAAUCGCAAGGGACCGGGAUAUUUCUGAUAAACAAACUAUCGAAACUGAAGAAAUGGUCGCGAGAAGCGAAGGCACCGUUCCACCCACAGCUAACUAAAGAGAGUUACGUCAUUUCUAGAUACAUAGACAAUCCCCUACUAAUAGGCGGUAAAAAGUUUGAUUUGAGAUUGUACGUUCUAGUCACUUCUUUCAGGCCUUUGAAAGCGUAUCUAUUUCAGCUCGGAUUUUGCAGAUUCUGCACCGUAAAGUAUGACACCAGUGUUACUGAACUUGAUAAUAUGUACGUCCACCUUACUAACGUAAGCGUGCAAAAGCACGGUGGUGAUUACAAUAGUAUUCACGGAGGAAAAAUGAGUGUCCAGAACUUGAAGUUGUAUUUAGAGGGCACGAGAGGUAAAGCUGUUACUGAUAAACUAUUUGCAGCAAUGCAAUGGCUGAUUGUGCAUUCACUGAAAGCGGUUUCUUCGGUAAUGGCCAACGAUAGGCAUUGUUUUGAGUGUUACGGUUACGAUAUUAUCAUAGAUAAUCAAUUAAAACCUUGGUUGGUGGAAGUAAACGCUUCUCCGUCGCUCACUUCGACAACUGUUAAUGAUCGAAUUUUGAAAUACAAAUUGAUUGACAACAUUUUGACAGUUGUACUUCCGCCCGAAGGUGUACCAGAUGUCCGUUGGAACAAACAACCGAAUUUAGAAUCUCUGGGCAAUUUCGACUUGCUGAUUGAUGAGGAAUUAUUGGAGAAGGACGAACCUUCGACUUCGACUGGUCGAUCCUUUAAAAAUAAUAAAAAUACAACCCGA